AAUUGAUAGGCACACAGUUUCUUCUUGUUAUCAUGCUAUAUAAAAAACAUGUCUCAGUUGUGGUGGUUUGGUUUGGUUUUUGUUGUUUUCCAUUGUAGGAAUGCUAUUGAUUCCUCUUUAUUCAAGCAAUGGUUGCAUAACUUGCAAAGUGAGAUUGGGAUUCUAGCUGAUGGCACCUUGGCUCUGAGACAAGUUCUAAUUCAGGGUGUAGACAUGUUUGGAAAGCGCAUUGGGUUUCUCAAAUUUAAAGCUGACAUUUAUAAGCCAGUUCCAGGUAUUGUAUUUGCAAGAGGACCUGCUGUGACUGUGUUGAUACUUCUGGAAUCAGAUGGUGAAACUUAUGCUGUCCUUACUGAACAGGCAAGGGUUCCUACUGGAAGAAUUAUUUUGGAAUUGCCUACUGGAAUGUUGGAUGAUGACAAGGGUGAUUUCGUUGGCACUGCAGUUCGUGAGGCUUCUCUCUCUCUCUCUCUCUCUCUCCAAUUCUCUUCAUAG